CUCUCAAUGUCAUGUGAUGCAUAACGUGCUUUCGAAAGCAUUAAAUAAGAAUGGCGCUGUUGAGCGCCACGUUGUUUACACUUGCUCUUUUUAAUGUGGCAAAUUUGACUCCUUUGAAUUUACCUGAAGAAGAAUAUCAGUUCAAAGAAUGGAUGUUACAGUACAAUAGAGCGUAUGACGUAGAAGACUAUUCCCAUCGGCUGCAGAUAUUCACCGAAAAUAAGCGAAAAAUCUACCGGCAUAAUGCACUGAAGAGCUCUUUUAAAAUGGGAUUGAAUCAGUUCUCUGACAUGACCUUUUCUGAAUUCAGGAAGACCUUUCUUUUGACAGAGCCUCAGAACUGCUCAGCCACAAAAGGGAGUCAUUUCAGUGGCGAAGGGCCUUAUCCUGACUUUGUGGACUGGAGAGCAAGGGGAAACUUUGUGACCCCUGUAAAGAGCCAAGGUCGCUGUGGAAGUUGCUGGACCUUCUCCACCACAGGAUGCUUGGAGUCUGUGACAGCUAUUGCCACUGGAAAACUUCCACUUCUGUCGGAGCAGCAGCUGAUUGAUUGUGCCCAAGACUUCAACAACCAUGGAUGCCUGGGUGGACUCCCUAGUCAGGCAUUUGAGUACAUUAAAUACAGCAAUGGACUUAUGACUGAAGAUGACUAUCCCUACGUAGGGCAUGACAAGCUUUGCAAUUUCAAGCCUGAGUUGGCAGCUGCUUUUGUGAAAGACGUUGUCAACAUAACAAGUUAUGAUGAAAAAGGCAUGGUUGAUGCUGUGGCCAGACUAAAUCCGGUCAGCUUUGGCUAUGAAGUUACGGCUGACUUUAUCCACUACAAGGAGGGCGUUUACAGCAGUACUCAGUGUAAGAACACUAUAGACAUUGUGAACCAUGCAGUGCUGGCAGUGGGAUAUGGUGAGGAAGAUAGCACCCCAUACUGGAUCGUGAAAAACUCAUGGGGAACAACCUGGGGAAUGGAUGGAUAUUUUAAAAUUGAACGUGGGAAGAACAUGUGUGGACUGGCGGCUUGCUCCUCUUAUCCUGUGCCCUUGGUGUGAUCCGUGAAGAAGAAAGUGUUUUGUCUGUUUGGAGGUCUCAAUCAUGCCUCUUCUCCGCUCUGAAAGCCGGAGGACCAUCUUUUAUAGGGCACAAGAAUGUAAACAUAGAUAGUGACAGUCAGGCAGUAAUGACGUUACAACAAUCUCAGAGAAAAUAAUUCACAGCUCCCACCACAUGACCACUCAGACUAGAGAGAUCAUAGUUGGAGCUCUCCUUGUUGUCAUGACAAAGGAGGUUUACUCAGUACUUUCAUCUGACCCCGAACAUCUAUUAACCCUGACACAGACACAAUCUACUCUUAUUAAUAGCAAGCUCACAUGAGAACAUACUAACUAGUAUCCAAUGACUAGUUCUAUUGAUUAGUGAAUAAUGUAGGCACACAGGAAAUCCCAAUUUGGGACACAAUCAGUGUGUGCUGAACUCAGGAAAGAUCUGUCCAAUAAGAUACACACUGAGUGAUAAAGACAUAUAUGGUACAGUAGGGCCCACAUAAUUGUAACUGCAACUUUUCUUAGACUUUGUUAAAGGUAUAAUGUAAGAUUUGUUCUGUAAAAUAAAAGUUGUAUCCCUUA